AUGGACUUCAACGCGAGACCCGACUCUCGCGACAACAACCACUUCUACCACUACAACGCCAGCCUCAGUCCUCCGCAGCAGCCGCUGGUCAACAGUAGUAGCGGUGGUCAGCGGUCGCCACUCGAGCCGCAGGCGCAGCUGUGGACGCAGAACGACUAUUUGAGUCAAUACUACUCGCAAUACUAUCGCGACUAUUAUCGCCGUUUCCUCGGCCAACACCAGCUCCACCAACAGGUGGCGCGCGCCACCACCACAACUCUGCGCCCGCCCCUCAAGUACGGCAGCGUGCGGUGCCACUCGCGCGCGCUCUUCUCGCAACACGACAACUCGCUGGUCGUCGUCGACAACAGCCGCAGACGACACGUCGUCGUGUAUUCUCUGCGCGAUCUGUGCGUCGAUUACGUCUACACGAGUCUCUCGCCACUCAUCAGAGACGGCGCGGCGGGGCUUCCCGUGACGUCACGCGACGCGUGUCUCCAAUGGUUGCGCAGUUUCGGUGAAUUCGCGCCGAAUUUCGAGUUGAAGCUCGUGACGAAAGUGAUGGAAAUGUGUUUAAAGCAGAACCGCGUGGAAGGCCACGACCUCGCAGAGCUGCUGUUGCCGCACGUGCUCAGCAGCGAACGCCUCGAACAGCAGUUCCCCGCGGAGACCGCCAGUAGGAACGCCUUCCGCGCGCUCCUCCUUCGCGGACAGCGCGCGCUCGCUCUGAGCCACGCGAUGGACGCCAACAACGGACUCAUGGAUCACGCGCUCGCACUCUCAUACCUGUUGACGACGCGCGACGACAUUCGGCGCCGAAAGACGACAACAAUCAACGAAUUAAUGAUGAAAACCGUGAAGAAGUUCUGCGAAACGCUUCACCCGAAAGAUCCGCACAUUUGUCUUCAAUAUUUGCCGCAAUUGAAGACAUUCUCCGAUAAUCUCAUUAUUAGACGAAUUAUCUAUGAAUUGGAAUCGCGUUUCGAUAGAGACGUCGUCCCAUUGGACGCAGAGUUGACGACACAUGACGUCCACGACGUCUUCACCGACGACGCGUCGCUUCACAUCAGUGCUCAACAGUUGUCGUUCGAGACGACGCCCGAAGAAGAAAGUCCUUCAGAACAAACCCGUGAUAUUCAGGCCACAGAAGCGCCUAUUAGUGAACCGCAAACUCUUCUCCCAUUGAAUCCCGGACUCGACUUCUACGGCCAAGUCGUCGCCCCUCCGCCGCCGCCUCUCGUCAACAAUGUGUAUAAUUCUGUCGUCGAUUCGACGCCUUCUUUGACGACAGAAACGACAUUCAAUGCGAACGACUUCUCCUUCAUUUCGAACUCCAAUUCUAUGCCUUCAAUGCCUUUCGAGUUCGAGGCAAACGAGAGUGCGAUUCGCGAGACGACAUUCAACGACACUCCUCUGCAACAGUCGUCGACGACGACAGCGGCGAAGACGACGAACACGACGUCCAACGACUUGGACGCCAAAGACGACCGACAGAAGGGUUCCGGACUUUUGAGCAAACUUUUUAAUUUCAGACCCAAAAAUCAGGCCAUUCUUCCCGACGACUCGCACCCGACGCUCGUCUACGACAAGAAUCUCCAGCAAUGGGUCGACACGAGCGCCGCGGCGCCCAACGCGGCGGCCCCGCCCCCGAUGGCGGCGCCCCCCGUGACGGCGAUGGGCAGCGCGCCUCCUCUGAGCCGGAAAUUCGAAUUCAAUCGCAAUUCAAAGCGUUAUUUAGAUGUCACGAGAAUUCAGUGAAAUUCAGUUUUUAUUUUCGCAUUCAAAGAGAGUUUCGAAAACGACUUUCGACGACAACAAGACGUCCGCGUCGUCGCUCAUCGCGUCCACCAAUUGUCGCGCUCUGCGAACCCUUUCCUCGUAAUCUUCUAAUUGUUGGGCGAAUAGAAAGUGAAUAAAAAUGGCGAC